CGCCGCGACACCUCCGCGCGCGCCCACCGCAAGCAAUGUACAGCCCACACAUCCCCUCAGCUUCCGUUAUUACCUCUGCGCACAAGUUACCGGGCGACCAGACGACGGGGAGCCGUCGCACGCAUAAAUAUAUGCCCACUCCUUCACCCUUCCUCUGACAACUCACUGCCCCCCAUCUUCUUUCUUCAUUCCUCUUCCCACCAAGAACCCCAAACCUUACCUCCAUUGAGUUCGAAACCGAGGAGCGAGGAGUUACAAGCCGAGUUGUCAGAAUGGAUGAGGAGAAGGAAGCCGACUCGCCGCAGCCACCGUCCAAGCUGCCUCGCCUCUCCGGCGCUGACCCGAAUGCCGGAGUGGUGACCAUGGCAGCACCCCCGCCGCCGGUGGGUCUUGGGCUGGGGCUUGGACUCGGCGGCGACAGCCGCGGCGAGCGUGACGUGGAAGCGUCGGCGGCGGCGGCGCACAAGGCGACGGCGCUGACGUUCAUGCAGCAGCAGGAGCUGGAGCACCAGGUGCUCAUCUACCGCUACUUCGCCGCGGGCGCGCCCGUGCCGGUGCACCUCGUGCUCCCCAUCUGGAAGAGCGUCGCGUCCUCCUCCUUCGGCCCGCACCGCUUCCCUUCCCUGGCAGUGAUGGGGUUGGGGAACCUGUGCUUCGACUACCGGAGCAGCAUGGAGCCGGACCCAGGGCGGUGCAGGCGCACGGACGGCAAGAAGUGGCGGUGCUCGCGCGACGUGGUGCCGGGGCACAAGUACUGCGAGCGGCACGUCCACCGCGGACGCGGCCGUUCAAGAAAGCCUGUGGAAGCCUCCGCGGCCGCCACCCCGGCGAACAACGGCGGCGGCGGUGGCAUCGUCUUCUCCCCCACCAGCGUCCUCCUCGCCCACGGCACCGCGCGCGCCACCUGACCAGUGACCAGACCGGCGCCCGUUUGUUUGUUUGUCUCGGCGCAUGGGAAAACCCAAAUCCGCAGGGAUUAUGUCAUGUCCUGUAACUCUUUUUUUCCUCGCAACUUUUGAAGCCAAAACAAUUCUCACCGUGUUCGAUGGCACGCGAUGCUUGUAGUUGGAGUAGAGGUAGAGUACUUGUUGAGUUUGAGCGGUUGUCGCCUGUAGACGUGCGUGCGUGCGUGCGUCGCGUGAUGGCCGGCGACACACGACGCAGGCGGCAGGUGCGGCGAUAAUUUUCUUUGGUUGGGUUGUGGGGAGCGCGCCUGCCUCGGUGGCGGUGGCCGCGGUGGUGGUGGCAUGGGCGACGGGGGGGCCCCGGCGAGGGGCGUGUCCUGGGGCCGCGCGGGGGGAGAGAGAAAGAGAGCGCUCUGCAGCAGCUGCAGCCUGCAUGCACUGACCUUGUCAGUCAGUGGCUCGGGCAGAGUGAGGCAUUGGAUGCUGCUCUCUGUCUGGGCGUGGUGCAGUGGCCCAGCGACAAGUCCCGACUCGCACUGCA